CUUAUUUACGUAUAAUCAAGUCCGGCUAGAGUAAUUGAUUCUAUUCUGUAUAUAACCCUUAAGACACUAAGCCGUGUGAGUCAAGUGUGCAUUCGGCAACUAGAAAAGGCCCGUCUACAAGAUAUAAACAUUAGAUACUCUUCACCUUAAUCACUACCUACAUUCUUGAGGUUGGCAGAACAUUCAGUGCAAACAGCAGUAUAUUAUCUUGAUUCUUGGAAUCGGUCGAAAUGACGACUUCGCAGUCAACGCCAGCCACGCUUGGCGCAGAAAGCUUGUUCAACGCCAAGGGUAUCGUUGCUGUUGUUACAGGCGGCGGUACAGGAAUUGGGCUCAUGAUAACUAAAGCCUUAGCCAACAAUGGCGCUUCAAAGGUAUAUAUCAUAGGGCGACGUCUGCAAGUCCUGCAGCAGGCUGCAGAGCAGAUCGGUACUGGCAACGUAAUUCCGGUUACCUGCGAUGUGACGUCCAAAGAGUCCUUACAGUCAGCGGCCACUCAAAUACAGCAGGACGCCGGCUUCGUCAACCUACUGGUCUGCAACUCGGGUAUCGGUGGGCCUUACGGGAACCGGCCCAGGCCCGAAACCACCCUGGAUGAGUUCAUCGAGGCCAAUUUGUCCAUACCCAUCCAGGAUUACACUAACACGUUCGCCGUCAAUACCAGCGCUGUAUGGUAUACCACCAUAUCAUUCCUGAAGCUUUUAGAUGCUGGCAACCAGAAGGGCAACGUGGAGCAGAAAAGCCAGGUAGUCGCCGUAAGCAGCAUCGGCGGCUUUAACAAGAUAAAUACGGGAGGGUUUGCUUAUGGACAGAGCAAAGCCGCCUGCAUACACCUUAUUAAACAGUUGAGCGUGGCACUUCCACAGUGGAACGUCAGAGCCAACGUCAUAUGCCCCGGCCUCUAUCCGAGCGAGAUGUCGGCCCCUAUUAUCGAAAAAGGAGGAAUCGGGAAAGAUAUGGUGCCUCUCGAGCGUGCCGGAGAUGAGAAGGAUAUGGCGGGCGCUAUUCUCUAUCUCGCCUCCAGGGCAGGUGCCUACUGCAACGGCGCCGUCCUUGUGACCGAUGGAGGAAGGUUGACUACCUUUCCCUCGACCUUCUAAGCCUAAGCGAAAAUCGCGGCCGAGAAUGACAGCCAAGUUAUCCUAAGCAGGACUUGUUUCCCGCCUAGUCAAGUCCCAGUUCAUCAAGCGCGCUUCUGGCAGGGUCAUGCUGAAUUAGCUGAAAGGAAAUCACAUAUGUGUGCCGCCUCUUUUGAAGAUAGUGGAGGCAGGUAUUAGAUAGGGGCGGCAAGUCCCGGUAAUUGUCGUCGCGUUGGCCCGGUCAUACGAGCCGAAGACCGGGUUUUUAUAAAACAAUACCCGAGGUCAGUCACCUCAGGCUAGUUAUCGAAUAUAGACAACCGACCAAUUGUAAUCAUCGGUAGUCUACUCCUUGAUCCCGGGAGCUCUCCCUACCCAGUCCACUGAAGCCGGCUCACCGCAUCAUAAUAGAUGAAUAAGAUUUAUAUCGGGGCCGCUAUCUAUAUGACCCUUGCAAUAAAGGUCAUAAAUGUAGCAGUGUUUUGAAUGGAAGCGCUUUAGAUAGCCACCAGCGUACCUGAGUAGGUUAGUUACCUAUCUACCAUAGUAG